AUGGGAUGGCGCCAUGAUGAGAACAUCAUCAAACUGUCAAGGCUCUUGGUGUAGUGUGUUGAUUGACAGACACAGGGACUGAGGUCCUGGUCAGGCAGUAAUGAUACAAUGUUGCAAACCUGCAGUGUGUGUGUGUGUGUGUGUGUGUGUGUGUGUGUGUGUGUGUGUGUGUGUGUGUGUGUGUGUCUGUCAAUCAACACAGGAUUAUAUAAAUAAAAGGGGGAGACAGUGGGGAGAGUCAGAGGGAUCAGAUGUCUCACUGACUGACUGAUAUGAUACAAUGUUGCAAACCUGGAGAACUGUUGCAAACCUGUGUGUGUGUGUGUUUACAAUCCAGCACAAAGUGAAGUGAAAAAGGCAGCAUUAGGACCAGCCUAAAAGAAAACAAAGUUUUCAAUACACCUUACAACAGGGAGGCCAGAGGCUGACUGUCUGCAAGAAGACAUUCAUACCAGUAUAUCAACUGACAAACAGCCGUCUACAGGUAUGAUUAGGCUAUGUAUUAUGUCUACAUUUCUUACUUAAAUCAGAAUAUGCUGAUCAGAACACACACUGAUCCCAAUACCUGCAUCCACACAUGAUACUUACAUGUGAGUUGGAUGUGGCUCUUCUGUCUACAUUGGGUCCUCUGUAUUUUCUUGCUAUUCAGAUUAACUUAAGUUAAUUUAUGUGCUUUCAGUGGCCUGACUGCAUCCACACUGGGCAGAAAUAUGUUCACAAUGGGGCCCUGGCCACCUCGUCAAUGGAUUUGUGUCCAAAUAACCUUUUAUAAUGACUGUGUUCAAAUAUUGUUUUUUGCACAGGUUAUUCAGGAAAAGUUAGGCAUACUUGGACGUCACACAGAGUCAGGACAAGGUAAAGGGAACAGAGGCAGAACAGGGAGGUUAGACCUACUGAGGUUAGACCUACUGAGACCUGCUGAGGUUAGACCUACUGAGGUUAGACCUACUGAGGUUAGACAUACUGAGACGUGCUGAGGUUAGACCUACUGAGGUUAGACCUACUGAGGUUAGACAUACUGAGACCUACUGAGGUUAGACAUACUGAGACGUGCUGAGGCUAGACCUACUGAGGCUAGACCUACUGAGGUUAGACCUACUGAGACCUGCUGAGGUUAGACCUACUGAGUGAGACCUGCUGAGGUUAGACCUACUGAGGUUAGACCUACUGAGACCUACUGAGAUUAGACCUGAGGUUAGACCUACUGAGACCUGCUGAGGUUAGACCUGCUGAGGUUAGACCUGCUGAGGUAAGACCUGCUGAGGUUAGACCUACUGAGGUUAGACCUACUGAGACCUGCUGAGGUUAGACCUACUGAGUGAGACCUGCUGAGGUUAGACCUACUGAGGUUAGACCUACUGAGACCUACUGAGAUUAGACCUGAGGUUAGACCUACUGAGACCUGCUGAGGUUAGACCUGCUGAGGUUAGACCUGCUGAGGUUAGACCUACUGAGACCUAGUGAGGUUAGACCUAGUGAGGUUAGACCUACUGAGGUUAGACCUGCUGAGACCUACUGAGGUUAGACCUACUGAGGUUAGACAUACUGAGACCUACUGAGGUUAGACCUACUGAGACGUGCUGAGGUUAGACCUACUGAGGAUAAACCUACUGAGGCGAGACCUACUGAGUGAGACCUGCUGAGGUUAGACCUACUGAGGAUAGAGCUAUUGAGACCUACUGAGGUUAGACCUACUGAGGUUAGACCUACUGAGACCUACUGAGGUUAGACCUACUGAGGUUAGACCUACUGAGGUUAGACCUACUGAGGUUAACACUACUGAGUUUAGACCUAUUGAGGUUAGACAUACUGAGACGUGCUGAGGCUAGACCUACUGAGGUUAGACCUACUUAGGUUAGACCUACUGAGGUUAGACAUACUGAGACCUACUGAGGUUAGACCUACUGAGUGAGACCUGCUGAGGUUAGACCUAUUGAGUGAUACCUGCUGAGGUUAGACCUACUGAGGUUAGACCUACUGAGACCUACUGAGAUUAGACCUGAGGUUAGACCUACUGAGACCUGCUGAGGUUAGACCUGCUGAGGUUAGACAUACUGAGACCUACUGAGGUUAGACCUACUGAGUGAGACCUGCUGAGGUUAGACCUAUUGAGUGAUACCUGCUGAGGUUAGACCUACUGAGGUUAGACCUACUGAGACCUACUGAGAUUAGACCUGAGGUUAGACCUACUGAGACCUGCUGAGGUUAGACCUGCUGAGGUUAGACCUGCUGAGGUUAGACCUACUGAGACCUACUGAGGUUAGACCUAGUGAGGUUAGACCUACUGACGUUAGACCUGCUGAGACCUACUGAGGUUAGACCUACUGAGGUUAGACAUACUGAGACCUACUGAGGUUAGACCUACUGAGACCUACUGAGGCUAGACCUACUGAGGCUAGUCCUACUGAGGUUAGACCUACUGAGGUUAGACCUACUGAGGUUACAACUACUGAGGUUAGAACUACUGAGACCUGCUGAGGUUAGACCUGCUGAGGUUAGACCUGCUGAGGUUAGACCUGCUGAGACCUGCUGGGGUUAGACCUACUGAGGUUAGACCUACUGAGACCUGCUAAGGUUAGACCUGCUGAGGUUAGACCUGCUGAGACCUACUGAGUUUGGACCUAAUGAGGUUAGACCUACUGUGACCUGCUGAGGUUAGACCUGCUGAGGUUAGACCUGCUGAGACCUGCUGAGGUUAGACCUACUGAGGUUAGACCUACUGAGACCUGCUGAGGUUAGACCUGCUGAGGUUAGACCUGCUGAGGUUAGACCUGCUGAGACCUACUGAGGUUGUACCUAAUGAGGUUAGACCUACUGAGACCUGCUGAGGUUAGACCUGCUGAGACCUAAUGUGGUUGGACCUAAUGAGGUUGGACCUAAUGAGGUUAGACCUACUGAGACCUACUGAGGUUAGACCUACUGAGGUUAGACCUACUGAGACCUGCUGAGGUUAGACCUGCUGAGGUUAGACCUGCUGAGGUUAGACCUGCUGAGGUUAGACCUGCUGAGACCUACUGAGGUUGGACCUAAUGAGGUUAGACCUACUGAGACCUGCAGAGGUUAGACCUUUUAUUUAUUUAUUUAUUUAUUUCACCUUUAUUUAACCAGGUAAACCAGUUGAGAACAAGUUCUCAUUUACAACUGCGACCUGGCCAAGACAAAGCAAAGCAGUGCGAUAAAAACAACAACACAGAGUUACAUAUGGGGUAAAACAAAACAAAGUAAAAAAUACAACAGAAAUACAUAUAUAUACAGUGUGUGCAAAUGUAGCAAGUUAUGGAGGUAAGGCAAUAAAUAGGCUAUAGUGCAAAAUAAUUACAAUUAGUAUUAACACUGGAAUGAUAGAUGUGCAAGAGAUGAUGUGCAAAUAGAGAUACUGGGGUACAAAUGAGCAAAAUAAAUAACAAUAUAGGGAUGAGGUAGUUUCAGAUGGGCUGUGUACAGGUGCAGUGAUUGGUAAGGUGCUCUGACAGCUGAUGCUUAAAGUUAGUGAGGGAGAUAAGUGUCUCCAGCUUCAGAGAUUUUUGCAUUUCGUUCCAGUCAUUGGCAGCAGAGAACUGGAAGGAAUUGCGGCCAAAGGAGGUGUUGGCUUUGGGGAUGACCAGUGAGAUAUACCUGCUGGAGCGCAGACUACGGGUGGGUGUUGCUAUGGUGACCAAUGAGCUAAGAUAAGGCGGGGAUUUGCCUAGCAGUGAUUUAUAGAUGGCCUGGAGCCAGUGGGUUUGGCGACGAAUAUGUAGUGAGGACCAGCCAACAAGAGCGUACAGGUCACAGUGGUGGGUAUUAUAUGGGGCUUUGGAGACAAAACGGAUGGCACUGUGAUAGACUACAUCCAAUUUGCUGAGUAGAGUGUUGGAGGCUAUUUUGUAAAUGACAUCGCCGAAGUCAAGGAUCGGUAGGAUAGUCAGUUUUACGAGGACAUGUUUGGCAGCAUGAGUGAAGGAGGCUUUAUUGCGAAAUAGGAAACCGAUUCUAGAUUUAACUUUGGAUUGGAGAUUCUUAAUGUGAGUCUGGAAGGAGAGUUUACAGUCUAACCAGACACCUAGAUAUUUGUAGUUGUCCACAUACUCUAGGUCAGACCCGUAGAGAGUAGUGAUUCUAGUCGGGUGGGCGGGUGCAAGCAGCAUUCGGUUGAAGAGCAUGCAUUUAGUUUUACUAGUGUUUAAGAGCAGUUGGAGGCUACUGAAGGAGUGUUGUAUGGCAUUGAAGCUCGUUUGGAGGUUUGUUAACAGUGUCCAAUGAAGGGCCAGAUGUAUACAAAAUGGUGUCGUCUGCGUAGAGGUGGAUCUGAGAGUCACCAGCAGCAAGAGCGACGUCAUUGAUAUACACAGAGAAAAGAGUCGGCCCAAGAAUUGAACCCUGUGGCACCCCCAUAGAGACUGCCAUAGGUCCAGACAACAGGCCCUCCGAUUUGACACAUUGAACUCUAUCUGAGAAGUAGUUGGUGAACCAGGCGAGGCAGUCAUUUGAGAAACCAAGGCUAUUUAGUCUGCCAAUAAGAAUGCGGUGGUUGACAGAGUCGAAAGCCUUGGCCAGGUCAAUGAAAACGGCUGCACAGUACUGUCUAUUAUCGAUCGCGGUUAUAAUAUCGUUUAGGACCUUGAGCGUGGCUGAAGUGCACCCAUGACCAGCUCGGAAACCGGAUUGCAUAGCGGAGAAGGUACGGUGGGAUUCGAAAUGGUCGGUGAUCUGUUUGUUGACUUGGCUUUCAAAAACUUUUGAAAGGCAGGGCAGGAUGGAUAUGGGUCUGUAACAGUUUGGAUCUAGAGUGUCACCCCCUUUGAAGAGGGGGAUGACCGCGGCAGCUUUCCAAUCUCUGGGGAUCUCAGACGUUACGAAAGAGAGGUUGAACAGGCUAGUAAUAGGGGUUGCGACAAUUUCGGCGGCUAGACCUACUGAGGUUAGACCUGCUGAGGUUAGACCUGCUGAGACCUAAUGAGGUUGGACCUAAUGAGGUUGGACCUACUGACGUUAGACCUACUGAGUCCUACUGAGGUUAGACCUACUGAGGUUAGACCUACUGAGACCUGCUGAGGUUUGACCUACUGAGGUUAGACCUACUGAGACCUGCUGAGGUUAGACCUGCUGAGGUUAGACCUGCUGAGGUUAGACCUGCUGAGGUUAGACCUACUGAGACCUAGUGAGGUUAGACCUAGUGAGGUUAGACCUACUGAGGUUAGACCUGCUGAGACCUACUGAGGUUAGACCUACUGAGGUUAGACAUACUGAGACCUACUGAGGUUAGACCUACUGAGACGUGCUGAGGUUAGACCUACUGAGGCUAAACCUACUGAGGCGAGACCUGCUGAGGUUAGACCUACUGAGGAUAGACCUACUGAGACCUACUGAGGUUAGACCUACUGAGUCCUACGGAGGUUAGACCUACUGAGGUUAGACCUACUGAGACCUGCUGAGGUUAGACCUACUGAUGUUAGACCUACUGAGACCUACUGAGGUUAGACCUACUGAGGUUAGACCUACUGAGACCUACUGAGGUUAACACUACUGAGUUUAGACCUACUGAGACAUUCUGAGGUUAGACCUACUGAGGUUAGACAUACUGAGACCUACUGAGGUUAGACCUACUGAGACCUACUGAGGCUAGACCUACUGAGGCUAGACCUACUGAGGUUAGACCUACUGAGGUUAGACUUACUGAGACCUGCCAAGUUAGACCUGCUUAGGUUAGACCUACUGAGACCUGCUGAGGUUAGACCUACUGAGACCUAUUGAGGUUAGACCUACUGAGGUUAGACCUACUGAUGUUAGACCUACUGAGACCUACUCAGGUUAGACCUACUGAGACCUACUGAGCUUAGACCUACUGAGGUUAGACCUACUGAGACCUGCUCAAGUUAGACUUAGUGAGGUUAGAUCUACUGAAUCCUGCUCAGGUUAAACCUACUGAGGUUAGACUUACUGAGACCUGCCAAGUUAGACCUGCUUAGGUUAGACCUACUGAGACCUGCUGAGGUUAGACCUACUGAGACCUGCUCAGGUUAGACCUACUGAGGUUAGACCUACUGAGGUUAGACCUACUGAGACCUGCUCAGGUUAGACCUACUGAAGUUAGGUCUCUGUUGGAAGAUGGAAGAGGCAAGCAUAGCAAUAGGUAGGCUAAAACAUUACUAAUUUCCAUUUUUCAUACAGCGUGAUAAUCAAUUAGAGUGCGCAAUAAAUAAAUAAGUGAAUAAAUAGAUGAAUGACAGGUAAUGGGUUACAAGGGUUGUCCCUGUCCCCUGCAUCUUUUUUACCAACACAAUAUGCUCUUUGAUUCAUUUGUCUUUAGAUCAUAACGUUAUCUCCUAUUGUUAGUAAUGACUUAUUCUGUUUUGCAGGCCACACCGCAUACAUCUCACUGUGAGAGAGGACAUCAAAGAACAUAUUCUGUCCUUUCCACAACUGUCGAACCAUUAUUCUAGGAAGAGGGGGGAUGCGGACUGAGAGUACCUCAGUCCAGAUCUUAAUCUGCUCCACCUGUGGACAGGCUCUACAAAGAGAAGAACCCUCAGAAAUGAUUAAAUAUUAAAGAAUUAGACCUCUCACUAAAGGCUUCAGUUAUACAAAAGUUAUACUUAAAUCCAACUGGUUCUCUAGCAAAUUAGUAAUAAUGUCUCACCCUAUGUUCAAGAAUGGCCUUUUUCCCUUUAUUCAGAUUACAACCUCUCACUUUCAGUUAUUUGAAAAGGAAAUCAUCUCCCAAAUAUCGCUUUUUUUAAAACAAGCCAUAGAAUGUUGGUUGCAAUUUCAAUUUAAUCCUCCGGUAAGGACAGAACAAAUAAUGCAACAAAUAUUGUGGUUAAACUCAAAUAUACAAAUUCAUAAAAAAAAAACAUUAUUUUUUGAAAAAAUGUAAAAUAGGUAUAAUCUUCUAAAAUGAUAUUAUAGGUACUGGUGGAGUUAUGUCGCACAUGCGGCUAACAAAAACAUAUGAAAAUGUCUGCUCUACCCAAAAUUACAACCAACCAAUUGCAGCAUUACCGCAAAAAUGGAAGAGGAAAGUGGAAGGGGGAAAAAGUAAGGAACUUGUCUGUCGACCCUGCAUUAAAUACCAUAAUUGGUUAAAGAAAAUAGUGAUGAAUAAAAAAGUAUAUCAGUUUCAUUUACGGACCAAAAAAUGUACUGAUGUGCCAUAUAGAUUGCAAAAUAGUUGGGAAGAGAUUUUUGACGUACAGAUUAAAUGGCACAUAGUUUAUGAACUGACACGCAAAACGACGCCGGAUUUUGUGAAACAUCACAGCACAGUUGAAAAAUAUAUGGCAAAUAGAAAUCCAAUAUGGAUGGUGUUAAGAGAUAGAUGGGAGGGGUUGAAUGGAGCGGAAGGUUGGGACUAAUAACAACACGAUAACUAAUGUAAAACAUACUGGGUCUGUAAAACGUAUAUAGGUUAUAGGUUAAGAACUUUUGUGAAAGAGCACAGUUUGAAAGAUAUGGCAAAUAGAAAUCAAACCGGAUGGACAUCAGAAAUAGAUGGGAGAGGUUGAGGGUAGAGGAAGGACAGGAGUAAAAACAAACAAAAUAGAACUAUUGUAAAAUAGACUGUGUCCAUAAAAUGUAUAUAGUAUGUAUACGCUGGAAGUAGAGGCAUAAGUGUUGUUGGUCACUAGUUUAGUCCAAUUACUGGAGGGGUGGUAGGGUUAGAAAGAAAUAAAGGAAAAUAUAUAUAUUUUUAAAGGAUAUGUAUGUAUGUAUGUAUGUAUGUAUGUGUAUAUAUAUAUAUAUAUAUAUAUAUAUAUAUAUACAGCAACAGUCAAAAGAUUGGACACACCUACUCAUUCAAGGGUUUUUCUUUAUUUUAAUUUUUUUUUACAUUGUAGAAUAAUAGGAAAGACAUCAGAACUAUGAAGUAACACAUAUGGAAUCAUGUAGUAACCAAAAAAGUGUUAAACAAAUCAAAAUAUAUUUUAUAUUUGAGAUUCUUCAAGUAAACCUACUGAGGUUAGACCUACUGAGACCUGCUGAGGUUACACCUACUGAGGUUAGACCUACUGAGGUUAGACCUACUUAGGUUAGACCAACUGAGACCUACUGAGGUUAGACCUACUGAGGUUAGACCUACUGAGGUUAGACCUGCUCAGGUUAGACCUACUGAGGUUAGACCUACUGAGACCUGCUGAGGUUAGACCUACUGAGGUUAGACCUACUGAGAUUUACUGAGGUUAGACCUACUGAGGUUAGACCUGCUCAGGUUAGACCUACUGAGACCUGCUCAGGUUAGACCUACUGAGGUUAGACCUACUGAGACCUACUGAGGUUAGACCUAGUGAGGUUAGACCUACUGAGGUUAGACCUGCUGAGACCUACUGAGGUUAGACCUACUGAGACGUGCUGAGGUUAGACCUACUGAGGCGAGACCUACUGAGUGAGACCUACUGAGUGAGACCUACUGAGUGAGACCUGCGGAGGUUAGACCUACUGAGGUUAGACCUACUGAGUCCUACUGAGGUUACAGCAACAGUCAAAAGAUUGGACACACCUACUCAUUCAAGGGUUUUUCUUUAUUUUUACUAUUUUUUACAUUGUAGAAUAAUAGGAAAGACAUCAAAACUAUGAAGUAACACAUAUGGAAUCAUGUAGUAACCAAGAAAGUGUUAAACAAAUCAAAAUAUAUUUUAUAUUUGAGAUUCUUCAAAUAAACCUACUGAGGUUAGACCUACUGAGGUUAGGCCUACUGAGACCUGCUGAGGUUAGACCUACUUAGGUUAGACCAACUGAGACCUACUGAGGUUAGACCUGCUCAGGUUAGACCUACUGAGAUCUGCUCAGGUUAGACCUACUAAGGUUAGACCUACUGAGACCUGCUCAGUUUAGACUUACUGAGGUUAGAUCUACUGAGGUUAGACCUACUGAGACCUGCUCAGGUUGUACCUACUGAGGUUAGACCUACUGAUGUUAGACAUACUGUGACCUGCUCAGGUUAGACCUACUGAGGUUAUGUCUCUGUUAGAAGAUGGAAGAGGCAAACAUAGCAAUAGGUAGGCUAAUGCAUUACUAGAUCUACUGAGGUUAGACCUACUGAGACCUGCUCAGGUUGUAUAAACUACUGAGGUUAGACCUACUGAGGUUAGACCUACUGAGACAUACUGAGGUUAGACCUACUGAGGUUAGACCUACUUAGGUUAGACCAACUGAGACCUACUGAGGUUAGACCUACUGAGGUUAGACCUGCUCAGGUUAGACCUACUGAGACCUGCUCAGGUUAGACCUACUGAGGUUAGAUCUACUGAGACCUGCUGAGGUUAGACCUACUGAGGUUAGACCUACUGAGAUUUUCUGAGGUUAGACCCAUUGAGGUUAGACCCAUUGAGGUUAGACCCACUGAGGUUAGACCUACUGAGGUUAGACCUACUGAGGUUAGACUUACUGAGACCUACAAAGGAUAGACCUACUGAGGUUAGACCUACUGAGACCUUCUCAGUUUAGACCUACUGAGGUUAGACCUACUGAGACCUGCCGAGGUUAGACCUACUGAGUUUAGACCCACUGAGGUUAGACCCACUGAGGUUAGACCUACUGAGUUUAGACCUACUGAGGUUACCACUACUGAGGUUAGACCUACUGAGGUUAGAACUACUGAGACCUACUGAGACCUGCUGAGGUUAGACCUGCUGAGGUUAGACCUGCUGAGGUUAGACCUGCUGAGGUUAAACCUACUGAGGUUGGACCUGCUGAGACCUACUGAGGUUGGACCUACUGAGGUUGGACCUACUGACGUUAGACCUACUGAGUUACACCUACUGAGGUUAAACCUACUGAGUCCUACUGAGGUUAGUCCUACUGAGGUUAGACCUACUGAGGUUAGACCCAUUGAGGUUAGACCUACUUAGACCUACUGAAGUUAGACCUACUGAGACCUGCUGAGGUUAGACCUACUGAGACCUGCUCAGGUUGUAUAAACUACUGAGGUUAGACCUACUGAGGUUAGACCUACUGAGACAUACUGAGGUUAGACCUACUGAGGUUAGACCUACUUAGGUUAGACCAACUGAGACCUACUGAGGUUAGACCUACUGAGGUUAGACCUGCUCAGGUUAGACCUACUGAGACCUGCUCAGGUUAGACCUACUGAGGUUAGAUCUACUGAGACCUGCUGAGGUUAGACCUACUGAGGUUAGACCUACUGAGAUUUUCUGAGGUUAGACCCAUUGAGGUUAGACCCAUUGAGGUUAGACCCACUGAGGUUAGACCUACUGAGGUUAGACCUACUGAGGUUAGACUUACUGAGACCUACAAAGGAUAGACCUACUGAGGUUAGACCUACUGAGACCUGCUCAGUUUAGACCUACUGAGGUUAGACCUACUGAGACCUGCCGAGGUUAGACCUACUGAGUUUAGACCCACUGAGGUUAGACCUACUGAGUUUAGACCUACUGAGGUUACCACUACUGAGGUUAGACCUACUGAGGUUAGAACUACUGAGACCUACUGAGACCUGCUGAGGUUAGACCUGCUGAGGUUAGACCUGCUGAGGUUAGACCUGCUGAGGUUAAACCUACUGAGGUUGGACCUGCUGAGACCUACUGAGGUUGGACCUACUGAGGUUGGACCUACUGACGUUAGACCUACUGAGUUACACCUACUGAGGUUAAACCUACUGAGUCCUACUGAGGUUAGUCCUACUGAGGUUAGACCUACUGAGGUUAGACCCAUUGAGGUUAGACCUACUUAGACCUACUGAAGUUAGACCUACUGAGACCUGCUGAGGUUAGACCUACUGAAUUUAGACCUACUGAGACCUGCUGAGGUUAGACCUGUUGAAGUUAGACCUGCUGAGGUUAAACCUACUGAGGUUGGACCUGCUGAGACCUACUGAGGUUGGACCUACUGACGUUAGACCUACUGAGUUAGACCUACUGAGGUUAAACCUACUGAGUCCUAUUGAGGUUAGUCCUACUGAGGUUAGACCUACUGAGGUUAAACCUACUUAGACCUGCUGAGGUUAGACCUACUGAGGUUAGACCCAUUGAUGUUAGACCUACUUAGACCUACUGAGGUUAGACCUACUGAGACCUGCUGAGGUUAGACCUACUGAAUUUAGACCUACUGAGACCUACUGAGGUUAGAACUACUGAGACCUGCUGAGGUUAGACCUACUGAGGUUAGACGUACUGAGACCUAUUGAGGUUACACUUACUGAGGUUAGACCUACUCAGUCCUGCUCAGUUUAGACCUACUGAGGUUAGACCUACUGAGGUUAGAACUACUGAGACCUGCUUAGGUUAGACCUACUGAGGUUAGACCUGCUGAGGUUAAACCUAAUGAGGUUAGAACUACUGAGACCUGCUUAGGUUAGACCUAAUGAGGUUAGACCUACUGAGUAUAGACCUACUGAGACCUACUGAGGUGAGACCUACUGAGGUGAGACCUACUUAGGUUAGACCUACUGAGGUUAGACCUACUGAGACCUGCCGAGGUUAGACCUACUGAGGUUAGACCUACUGAGACCUGUUGAGGUUAGACCUACUGAGGUUAGACCUACUGAGACCUGCUCAGAUUAGACCUACUGAAGUUAGGUCUCUGUUGGAAGAUGGAAGUGGCAAGCAUAGCAAUAGGUAGGCUAAAACAUUACUAAUUUCCAUUUUUCAUACAGCGUGAUAAUCAAUUAGAGCGCGCAAUAAAUAAAUAAGUGAAUAAAUAGAUGAAUGACAGGUAAUGGGUUACAAGGGUUGUCCCUGUCCCCUGCAUCUUUUUUACCAACACAAUAUGCUCUUUGAUUCAUUUGUCUUUAGAUCAUAACGUUAUCUCCUAUUGUUAGUAAUGACUUAUUCUGUUUUGCAGGCCACACCGCAUACAUCUCACUGUGAGAGAGGACAUCAAAGAACAUAUUCUGUCCUUUCCACAACUGUCGAACCAUUAUUCUAGGAAGAGGGGGGAUGCGGACUGA